GCCUGCGCGGGCCGCCUAUCAUGGCGGCCGCCUGAGCCCGGGGAUGAGAGGACUCGGCCGGCCUCCGCCCUGGUACCCGAGGCCGGUCCUUACAUGUCGGAACUCCUGCUACAUGUGCUCAGAUUUUGACCGUUCCGUGCGUUCAGAUUGCGAGGACAGCCUGGGUUAUCAUCCCAUUUUCCCAUUGAAGAAAUGGAGGCCUGAGAGGUACAUGGCAUGCCUAGGACACACGGCUGGUGCACACACCUAAUCAGGUGCUCCUGUCCCGUGAUUACGGUGGAGCCCGGCCAUGGACGAGGUCACCUUUAAAAGUGACACUGUGCUGUCAGACGUCCACCUCUACACCCCGAACCACAGACACCUCAUGGUGCGGCUGAACGGCAUGGGGCAGCCCGUUUUCCUGUCCCAGUUCAAGCUUCUGUGGACCCGAGACGCUCAGACAGACUCAGGGGCCGCGGGUGGUGGUCACAGCGCUGUUCCCGCAGAGGAGAUGCCUACCCCCGGGCCGGGCAGCGCCGGGUGCCCUCGGGGCAGUGGCUGUGGUGCUGACGGUGCUGACACCACCAGCCGGGCGGGGCCGGGAGCGCAGCUGGACGAAGACGGGGACUUGGACGUGGAGAGGAGACCACGGGCUGUUUCGGACCCCGAGCCAGCAGGGCCCCCGAGAGACAAGGUGCAUCCCAUGAUUCUAACGCAGGAGGAAGAGGACACACUGGCAGACGGAGCCGGUGAGGGCCGCCCCCAGGAUAUCAUCAGAAUCGUGGCCCUUUCUCUUUUGGUCUCCAUCCUGUCCAGAGCACACCAUGGCCACCCCCCUGGAAGAUGUCGGCAAGCAGGUGUGGCGGGGCGCCCUGCUCCUGGCCGACUACAUUCUGUUCCAACGGGACCUCUUCCAGGGAAGCACCGUGCUGGAGCUCGGGGCGGGCACGGGGCUGGCCAGCAUCGUCGCAGCCACAGUGGCGCGGACGGUCUAUUGUACAGAUGUCGGUGCAGACCUCCUGGCCAUGUGCCAGCGAAAUAUUGCCCUCAACGGCCACCUGACUGCCGCUGGAGCAGGUCCUGGUCCUCAGCUCAGUGCCCUGACCACACCGCCUUGUCGGCUACCAGCCAGUCUCUCCUGGGCUGCUGGUCCCCGAGGACAGGGACAUGUCUCCUAAGCCUUGGUGGUGUAAUUAAGGUCAAAGAACUGGACUGGCUCCAGGACGACCUGUGCACAGACCCAGAGGUCCCCUUCAGCUGGUCGCAGGAGGAUAUCUCCGACCUGUACAGCCACACCACCAUCCUGCUUGCGGCCGAAGUGUUUUAUGACGACGACCUAACCGAUGCACUGUUUACAACCCUCUCCCGCCUCGCUCACAAGCUCAAGAAUGCCUGCACGGCCAUUCUGUCCGUGGAGAAGAGGCUGAACUUCACGCUCAGACACCUGGAAGUCACGUGCGAGGCGUACGAGCACUUCCGCUCCUGGCUGCAGCGGCUGGAGAGGCGUGAGGCCGGCCGGCUGCGCUUCACGGUGGAGCCGGUGGAGGCGUCCUUCCCGCAGCUCCUGGCCUACGAGCGCACCCGGCAGCUGGAGCUCUGGAGGAUCUGUGUGGAACCCGUGACGUGACCCAUCGCACCCCCGGCACGGCUCUCGACUGUUCUCAGAAUACAUUUCUAAUAAAAUCAAAAGCUCGCAAAG